AUGUUUAGAAAACUUCUGAUUGUCCAGCUUUUAUCAUUUGUAACUUUGGGAGAAUCAAGGACAUCGUUUCUGAGUUUUCUGAAUAAAGAGAAGCUUGAAACACUCUUUUUCUCAAAGACGGAAGAAGCGGUCAUCGUGAGGUCAAAAUACAAGGAUAAAACGCCUAACUCUAGCUAUGUCUCUGUGCAAUUAGAAGAUCCUAAAAUACUGCAAGUGGUAAACGUGACCAAGACCGUCUUGGAUGAUACAAAUUUUACCAUAAAUUUGGUGACAGAUGAAGAUGGAGAGACAAAUUUGACCAUUGAGCUGUGGGAUUCUGAAGGUAGGCAAAAAAGACUCAUUGAACAAAUAAAGAAUGUCAAAGUUAAAGUACGCAAACCAAGAAAAGGCAGUCUUUUCCAGGCAUCGAUGCAUAUUGACAGAAGUCUCCUGAUGCUUAUUCUACCAGUGAUACUCUUAAAUAAAUGUGCAUUUGGUUGCAAGAUUGAUUUGCAGAUGUUUCACACGGUGUGGAAGAGACCCUUGCCAAUCCUUCUGGGAGCAGUUACACAGUUUGUUCUUAUGCCGUUUUGUGGAUUUCUUCUGACUCAGAUUUUGGCAUUGCCCGAGGCACAGGCUUUUGGAUUUGUUGUGACUUGCACAAGCCCAGGAGGGGGAGGAGGGUAUCUGUUCGCGCUGCUUCUAGAAGGAGAUGUCACUUUGGCCAUUUUGAUGACUUGCACCUCAACGCUGUUGGCCCUGAUAACGAUGCCUGUCAAUUCUUUCCUAUACAGUCGGAUGUUAGGCUUGUCCGGCGUGUUUUAUAUUCCGGUCUCUAAAAUCCUGUCAGCACUCCUUUUCAUACUUAUACCUGUGUUGAUUGGAAUAGUUCUCAAGCAUAGAGCGCCAGAAAAAGCAAAGUACCUGGAGAGAAUAAUUCGACCUCUGAGCUUUGUUUUAAUGUCUGUGGGGAUUUAUUUGACUUUCAGAAUGGGUUUAGCGAUUGCGCAGACGGUUAACUUGGAGGUGCUUUUGUUGGGAGCCUUGGUUCCUGUUUUGGGUUUAUUGUUUGGGUUCUCCCUAGCAAAAGCUUCUCUGCUGCCUCUCCCGCUUUGUAAAAGCGUUGCUAUUGAAUGUGGGCUACUAAAUAGUUUUCUAGCCCUGGCUAUUAUUCAGCUCUCCUUUUCGCAGUCUAAGGCUAAUUCAGCCUCUGCCGCUCCUUUUAUUGUGGCCAUGUGUUCCGGAUGUGAAAUGUUACUGAUCCUUCUGGUAUAUAAGGCUAAGGAAAAAUUUGCUUUUCUCAAAGACUAUAAAACAACAAUGUCUGCGAUCUAA